AUGCCAAAAAAAGACUAUUACCAAAUAUUGGGAGUAUCAAAAAACGCUCCCGAGAGUGAAAUUAAAAAGGCUUAUCCUAGUAAAAGCGAGAGUGAAAAAAGAAAGGCGGAAGAACAAAUGAAAGAAAUCAACCAGGCCUACGGGGUGCUUAGCGAUAAAGAAAAGAAACAAAGAUAUGAUGCUUAUGGUAGCGAAGAGACUUUUUUUCGUCCAACCGGCGGAGCCGAUUUUGAAAGAUUUCGCCGUUCUUCUCCGAUUAUUGAUGAGAUUUUAAGCAGUUUUAUGCAGGACUUUGAAUUUCGGGGAGGAACGGAAUACUGGCAAGAUAGAGCCCGUGCUGCUAACAGAGAAAAAAAUCCCCAACCCGGGCAAGAUUUAGUUUUCAGUUUACCUUUGACUCAAAAAGAAUUAAUUUCCGGGACGAAAAAAAAAGUUGCUUUUUCUGUUGCUAGGAUUUGCCUGCGAUGUCAGCAAACUGGUGUCGAUACUGAAUGCGUAAUCUGUAAAGGACAAGGAAUAAUCGAUGCCGUUCAGCAAACCUUUUUGGGAAAUUUUCGUUUUCAGACUACUUGUUAUCGCUGUCAAGGUCGUUGUCCUCAAUGUCUUGGUCGCAAAUUUGUCAUCCAAAAGAAAACUUUGGAAAUUAGUGUCCCGCCCGGUCUCAAACCUAACCAAAAACUUCGUUCUCGGGAAACAGGCAACGACAGUUUACACGAAUUACAACCAAUAAGCGAAGAAAAAAUACUAGUGAUUCGGCAAACAGCAGAGGAAACAGUUAAGACUUUUUGGAGAGAAAACAGUAGUGUGUCGGAAUUAAUAAAUGGAAAAAGCGUGAUGGGAUUAAUAGGAAUAGUGCACAUAGAAGGUAAAUUUCAAGGUCUAAAAACUAAACUGGAAAUCAAUAACGAAAAAGACCGAUUAAUUAAAUUAAUUACAUUAGAAAAGGAAAAAGAAAAAAGCAAAGAAACAAUUGAAGAUAAUUGGACAAACAGAUGCGGUGAAGAUUUUCUAAUUAACGGAAAAACUGAAGAUGUUCUUAACGACAAAAAUACGGUGGAAGAAGUUGAAACAGAACGAGUCUACAUGAUUAAACUGAUAAUAGACGAAAAGAAAAAGGAAGAACCAUUUAUUCCCGAAACAGGACGAGAAGAAGGUAUAAUUUCUCCUUAUAUUGUUGGAGACGAGCAUAAAACCGAAGAAAGGGUUGCUGAUGAAAAUAAUGAUAUGCAGGGGGCAAUUGGAGAAAAACGAGAAGAAUUAACACAAAAAGUUGACGAAGCAACGUCCGAAGAAGACCAAAAAGAUGAUGACGAGGAGGAGGGACGGGAAAUAUUUUUAGAUUCUCCAACACAUAUGGAUGAUGACACAAGAAUAAAUCCAGCAAGCAGUUUAAAAAAUAAUCCAGGUUUAAGUAUAGAAACGAAUAUCCCAGUCUCCUCAACUUUCUCAAUAGCAGAGAAAACCGGUUCAGGAGAAGAAGCUUCUUUUAAGAGUUUUUCUUUUUCUCCUGGAACUCCCGAAUCCAAAGACAAAAAAGAACCAAAAGAAAGAAGAAAAUCAACAGCAGAAAAAUUUUUUAAUUUUAUGGGAUUUAAAACUCCAACAAAGGAAAAAGAGACGACGAUAAUGACUGAUAACCCUAAAACUUAUUCAUCAGAAGAAGAAGCGGGAGAAAAUAGUGGCAGUAAAAAUCCUAGAUUAAAUUAUUCACGAUUUAUGCGUUUACUAACCUUAGCCCAAAUUAAAUUAAACCGCAAACAAUUAUCAGAAAUAGCAUUAUGA